UGCAAUGAGCACCUGUUCCGUGGCCACCUUGAGGUGAAGAAGAAAAAGGAGAGCUUCUUCCGCCGUCGCCUGGACCAUCGUUAUGAACCACACAGCAAACAUGUCAGAUAUGUCUGAACCUAUAGUGAUGACGGAGUUUCAACGUGAACAGGAGCCAGUGGCAGACGAAAGAAAGGAGACAAGCUCUACCGGACAAGGGCUAUUCGCGCUAGCACUCUACGCUCUAGGAGCUCUGAUAUUUGGAGCCUGUAUCGCGAUCAUAGCGUUCCAUCGAAGAGAUCGACUAUCCCUGGAUGACAAUUACACAGAUGACGACGAAUUCCGGAUUUCUACAGCACGAAAGACAUGUCGGGCUCAUGCAACUCUAUCCCCAGAAGAACACGAAACGGGCCAUUAUGAACGCCAAACACUAUGCGGCACCGACGACUGCCAGUACAUGCGUUGGCUGAUCAGUAUGUCUGUCGACACGACAAGGAAUCCAUGCGACAAUUUUUUUACCUAUGUCUGCGCCGGUGCUAUGAAGUAUUUCAAAGGGACACCAAACAUGCUAGGUUACGGCACCCUCCAGACUAGGCGAGCAAUUGAGAUGUGGUUGAAAAACGCAUCUCCUCCCGCUCAAAGACAAAGCGCCUUCCAGAAAGUAGUCAAGUUCUAUCAAUCGUGUCUCAAGGGUCCACAGUCAAGCAAGCGAGGAAUAUAUGAAGUUCUAAAACAGUUAAGCUUGUCACUGACACAGGAAUUGGACUUUGAACCGCUUGACAUGCAAGUGAGGUUUCUGUUUGAAGGAUAUCCGGCGAUAUACAUCAUGACUCCAGCACCGUCUCGCAGCCAGGACGACAUCUUCAUCGACGUUCGUGUAUCUCCUAAAUUUGAUUCGUUUCGCUCGGUUAAGCCUGGCGGUACAACGGAACGCAGAAUGAUUUAUCAAAAGGUGUUACACUGGGUAUUCGAAGGAUUAAAUCUCGACGACGAGGUUAUGGAUCAUGUUCUACAAGCGGAAGACGAAGUGUACGUCGUCUCCAGCAACCAGACGUACGGAGACAAACGUUACACAUUUGGAAUGUCUAACAUCGAUAAUUUUGCCGGCAAAGACCGGGGACUAUGCGAAAGGUGGAGAAAGAGUCUACAAAAAUGGUCAAAGUCGCUUUUCCCCGGAACAUACCGACUGCAAAUGACUUCAAACGAUAUACAUCUACUUUAUAAUUUAUUUGGCAGCAAAGCAUUGAUAAGCACCGAAGACAUCCGAACAUUUCUUGCAUGGAGAACAACGUGGUACCUUUACAAUGUGUCUCUAGUUGCCACGGAAAAUCAAGUCAGUAGGAGAGCUAACAUAUGCCUAAAACACGUAUUACAUUUCUUCAGGAUUGUUGCGCCGAUGAAGACGUUGUUAGAGAACGUAAACCAGUCAAAAGUAGAUACUGUACAACGGAUGACGGAUGAUAUACUGCUUGGGAUCGAAACGUCUUUCAGGACAUCGAGUUGGCUCGACAAUUCUACGCGGAAGGGGGCCUUAAAAAAGCUAUCGCAAUUACACAAGCGCAUCGGUUACCCUCUUGGUGUUUCAUCCGAGAAAGCGGCUGACGCAUAUUUGAGCAAUGUCCCAGACAUGACCGACACUUACGUUUCGAACGUGGUGAAGGCGAAGAAACAUCUAACGUCGAGUGUCAUUGCUUUGUUGAGGAACAAAGACGCCCUCAACGCAUCCAUCGUGUCUCGCUUCGUAGCCUUCAUACCGAUUUAUUCCGCAAACGCGGCGUACAACGCGCUAACCAACGGGAUUUAUAUUCCUCCAGGCAUAAUGGUCCGGCCAAUUUUCACUUAUGGCGGAACACCUGAAUUGAACUACGGUGCGCUGGGCGGGAUACUGACACACGAAACUAUGCACGGCUACGACAAUAAGGGAAAAAAUUACGACGGUACAGGUAACAAGACAGACUGGUUUUCUGAAGCCAGUAACCGAGCGUACGCUAACCUCGUUCAGUGUCACAACGUCAGCAUCGAGAACGCCCCAAAGGCAAGACACUACGCGGAUUACCCGCACGAGUACCUAGCGGACACGAUGGGCAGAGGGUCAAUACUGAAGGUGUACAGGAAAGCUCUGGAAAAAUCCACUGUUCGUCUGGGACAACUGAAGGGGUUGACGAGUGACCAGCUCUUCUACGUGGCUUGGUGCCUGAUGUGGUGUGGAGAGCCUGUCCCACCGAAGACUCAUCCUCGCUCUGACGAGAGGUGCAAUGUUCCUCUCAUGAGUUCUGAACACUUUGGCGAAGUGUUUAACUGCCCUCCGGGAUCGCCAAUGAAUCCGGAGAAAAAAUGUCCCUUUUGGAGAACGCUUCUCUGAAUGAAGGUUCAAACGCGUUGCUGAGCGUAGACUGAAGUGUUCAAUGAAUGAAACACUUUAUUUGUGUUUCGAUACCUUUGGACUUACUGUGAUAUUGCUUCUCUCAUAAAGUCAUUGCUUUAUUGGCGUUUGAAUGAAAAGUUACCAUUUUUUCA